GCUGCAGGUCGGGACAGGCAGAAGGAACCUCGGAGCUGCGCAGACCUGGGCACCCCAUGCUGUAAAUCCGCGCUGAAACUUCCCUUCCAAAACACUUUCUGCCUCUCUUCACAACCUCCUUCCUUCGCAGGCAGCAAACUUCUGGCCUCUGGGAAGCUGUGGUGAAACGCAAGCAGCGACCUGUCCCAGGCCAGGCUGCUCUGAGAGCCGAGCAGGAGGCAGCUCCUGCCCCGAGAGAAGAAAGCUGCAGUGGGUGACGCGUUCCUGGGAGCAAACACCCAGAGCAGGGCCAGGUUUUUAAUUAUUGUGUGCAAGGCUGGGGUCAGGGCUCAGCUCGCUGCUCUGCUGUCAGCUAUGCUGCAGAACAGGAUGUCGGAUUAAGGAGUCUCCAGCCAAAGAAGCCGUGCCCAGGACAGCAGGGGACAGCAGGGAAGUGAAGGAGCUGGGUGGUACCGAGCACUCCGGGCACUGCCAGCUCACACCCAGCGCUCUGGGGCACAGCACGGACGGGUUCUGGGGGCUGGAGCAGCAGGAAAGGAACCUCACAGGGCUGCAGGAUGAAUUCCACUCGCCCUGGCUGCAGCCGGGAUAUUUCCCCCGUGGCAGCCUCCAGGGCAGCCCGUGCUAUGCCUGGGAAGGAGCUGGGGAUGGCUGGCUGCAACUCUGGCAGCUGUGACAGCAUGGCCAGCACGGCCUCCAACCACUCACAGCGGAGUGCCAGCAGCUAUGAUUAUUUAUCCGUGGAGGAGAAGGAGUGUUUGCUGUUCCUGGAGGAAACCAUUGGCUCCCUGGAUGCAGAAGGAGACAGCGGCGUGUCCACGGAUGACACGGACUGCGGGGAUGUGGGCAAUGGGAUUCCCGCUCGGAGCAGGGAUCAGCAGCGUGGUGGGGCUGAGCAGAAUGGGAAAAUCAUCUCAGCCUCCUCCAGCCCAGGCUGCCCCAGCGCUCCCAGGAACAUCCCUGCAGCAAAUGGAGCUUCUGGCAGCAAAGGAAGGGUCCCCACGGUGCCAGCGGGAAAAGCAGCGCAGGAGGUGCCCAAGGAGGGGCUGGAGCGAGCCAGCUCUGGAAGCCACACGAAAUCCGUGAUUAUCCGGCCUGCAGAGCCCUUCCAGGAUGAGCUGGAGUGGUCACGCAGCCCUCGCUCAGACACCGAGGGGGAGGUGACCAAGGAGACCAAGAUCCGGACUUUGUGGGGCCAGCAGGAGAAAUCCACGCUGGAAGAGGCCCCUCAGGACCCCGAUGCCAAGCGUGGGCCUCCAACUGCCCCCAAACCGCGCAAGCUGCCCCCAAACAUCAUCCUGAAAAGCAGCAGGAACAGCUCAGUGCCACUGCCCACCGAGCACAACAAAGUGAAAGCAGCACCUCCACCCUCAGCCACCCCUCAGCCCAGCCCUGCCGGCGACAGCGCUGCUGAAAAGGGGAAUUCGGGCCACCUCGACCCCAGGGAGAAGGAGAAAGCCCGACGGGAAGCUCUGGAGAAGUUGGGACUGUCCCAGGCCAGGAGGGAGCCCAGCGCCCAGCUCCAUCCCCACCCCAGGGAGACGCCGCUCCCCGUCCCUGGGCAGCCUGGGGAGGGCUCCGUGCCGGGGAUCCGGCAGAUGACCUUCAAAUCCAACACCCUGGAGCGCUCCGGGGUGGGGCUGGGCAGCUCCAUCAGCAGCAGCAGCAGCAGCAAGGAGCAGAGCUCCAGGAGCAGCAGCAGCUCCCUGGGCAAGAUGUCCUUCAUCGAGCGCCUGGCCCCCAGCUUCCUGCGGGGCAGCCGCCCCCGGCCCACCUCCCUCGGGCCAGGGAAGGACUUUGGUGGCCUGAAGGAGAGUGAGGAGCAGGACAAGAGCAGCAAGAGGAGAUCCCACCCUCUGCCCAGCUUCCCCAGGCCCUCGCGCUCCGCCGUGAGCGUGAAGAUCUCCCCGAAGGCCGCGGCCGACGAGAACCGGCGCGAGGCGCUCAAGAAGUUGGGGCUGCUGAAGGAAUAGCUCGUGGGGCUGAUGGAAAAGGGGCUUUUCACCCCAAAUCCAGCGGCCUCGGGCACGAGCAUCUGCUGCCAGCUCCUGCCCCAGUGCUGUGGGAGAGGUGUUGGGAGCUCCAUGCCAAGGAACGCUGCGUGGACAGAAUAUUUUGUAUUUAGCAGAUGUGUGUGAGCUGUUUAUACAAAGCAUCUCUCAGCGUGGACAGGGAAUGUUCUCCUGCAAGGGCUUUAAUGCAUUUGGGGAUUCAUCAAAACAGGGAAGCUGUGGAAUUAAGGGUUUGGCUUAUUUUCAAAGGGGUUGCCUGUGGAUAAAGCGUCUCUGGGAAGAACUGCUGGACUUUGCUGCUCCUUUAGGACUUUUUGGUGGGUUUUUUUUUUAAUUAAUUUUAUCACAGCCUCUGAGGCCUGAGCACUCACCUGCCACAUGAAAGCGCCUCCUGAAAGCACCACUGCCUGCUGGGGGGCUGCACAGACAUCCCAGUGCCUCCCCUGCCACACUCUGCUCUCCCACCCAGCCCUGAGCACCUGCAUCCAGCACCUGGAAGAGGCUUGGACUGCAGGAAGUGACAGCCAGAGGUUGUGCUGGUGUCAGAUCCAGAUGUGCUGCCCAAAAUGGGGCCGAUGCAAGGCUGGGACAGCUCCAACUCAUCCCUUCCAAGCUGUCCUGGCACCUCUCAGGCCCAGCUGAUGCUGCCAACACCUUGGGGAGCAGAGGUGGUUGAUGUCCCUAAUAAACCUGUGUGUGAUCAGAAAGGGCCGUGUGGUGCAGAUUUAUGUGGCAGUCAGGUAAAUCUAAAUAGCGGAGUUGAAAACAAUUCUGAGACAAAGGAUGAGCCAGGUCAGGUCUGACCCACCUAUAAAAUGGAAUUAUUCUGCCAGCACAGGCAAAGUCUUCCAUGGAGCAAGCUGGGAUAGUGGGAGGUGGCCCUGCCUGUGACAAGGGGAGGAACAAGGGGAGCUUUAAGGUCCCUUCCAACCCAAACUGGUCCGUGAUUCUGUGAAUCCUGGCUCUCCCUGCAAGCACAAAGAGGGGCUGUGGAAUUCCCGGUGCUCCUGUGCUUGCUGGCAGGCUUGAACCAGCCCCAUGUGCAGCAGAGCUCCCACCCAGCCCCGAGCUGCUCAGGCUGGGGAUGUUCAAGUGCAAAUGAUCGAUUUUAAAUGCAGAAGGUGGGAGAUGCCAAGUUGAGAGCUGAGUAAAAGCGUCAGCCAAGCUCCUGCCUGGGUUAAAGCUGCAUUUUCAUCCCUGUGCUCCUCUCCUCUGACCACUCUGUCUCACCCAGGGCUGAUUCCAGCUCUGCCUGACUGCUCAGCACCUGCAUGAUGCAAGUCCCAAGGAAAUCUCACCUUGUUUAUCUAAUGAGAAAGGAGGAGAGCAUUAAGGACUAUCUCAAAGCAUUUUUGCCCUGAAACAGAACCUAAACAUUUCUAAACCGGAUUGUUUUGGAAACAAAAGGUUUCUCUUCCGAUCUUUGGCUUUAGCCAGAACCAUUGUGUGCUGGUGUCAUGAAAGCUGAGUUUUGUUCAGAUUUCCAAGGGGAAAUCUCACUCCCAAAGAUCCCUUAUCAAUCUGUGACGUGGUGAUGCUCACAAACAGGAGCUGGUAUGACAUGGAAACAAAAGAACAAAUUAAAACAGCAGCCCAGAGCAGCAGGGUCAUUCCUCUGGGAAUGAACUCCACAUUUCUGUGCCUUUCCUGGAGCUGCCAAUGCUCUGGGCUGAAUCACCACGGGCAGGCCCCGUUCCACGAGCAGGCGUUGCUGUCUAGUCCUGCAAGGGGAAUAUGGAAUUUUACCUGCUGGAUCUGUUUGUAGCCCUUAGAAACGGAGCUGUUCAUGCCCCAGGGCUGUGACCUUAUGCAAGAGCAGGCCCAUGACUGUGCCUGCUGCCCCCCAGAGCCGAGCCCUGCUGCUGGCAGAGAGAUCCUGCUCCUGAUCCUGCUCCUGAUCCUGAUCCUGCUGCUGCCCCUGCUCCUGAUCUUCAUCCUGUUCCUGUUCCUAUUCCUAUUACUGCUUCUGAUCUUCAUCUUGUUCCUAUUCCUGCUCCUGCUUCUGUUCCUGCCCCGAUCCUAUUCCUAUUCCUAUUCCUAUUCCUAUUCCUGUUCCUGUUCCUGUUCCUGUUCCUGUUCCUG